AAAACCAAAAACCAAAAAGUAAAACAAAUCAAUGCAAUUAACACAACAAGCUAUAGCAGAUAUAAAAUAGAUGCAAAUAAAUAUAAGAAUGCAGCUACAACAGGUUGGUCAGCAACAUUAGACAAGAUAAAAGUUUUGGAAAUUGGAAGUAUUACUAUGCUCAUAAGGAUAUCACUCAUCUCAAAUCAAUGUCAGCACUAUUGGGCCUCAAGUCCUUCAUUCAUAUCAUUAUAUACUGCUGAGUCACAAUAA